AGAAACGUACCAUGUGACGGUGACGCAUGAUUGUGACGUUACCCGAUCUUUGUGGCUUCGGCUGAUAACCUGUCCUGGGAAGCAGGUAAAACUUAUACCAAGCUAGCGAAAGCUAUCUAAAGCUAGCCCUGCAAGCUACGUGGUCGCAAUGAAUACUAAGUAAUGGGUCAGGAAUCGGGCAAGUCUGCCUGGCCCAAACCAGCUGGAGGCUAUCAGACCAUCACGGGGCGGAGAUACGGCAGGAGACAUGCAUAUAUUAGCUUUCGGCCUUCGCUGGCCAGACACAGAAAAGCAUCCAAAGAGAACCACGCGGACUGGCAGGAAAUGGAGAUGAACAGUGUGGAUGGCGAGAAUUCUAUAUCAUCAAGGGGAAACAUCUCUUCAAUGCUCCACGCCAUCUUCCCCGUGUCCACAAAUUCGGUUCACCCAGAAGUCGACGGGACGAGGCUGAACGCGGACGCACCCAGGAAGCAGCCGGCCGGGCUGAAAGCUGCGGACCACUCCGCCUUCAGCUACAGGAAGCUGAAGGGCGAGCAGGCCAUGGCCUGCGACUCCCAGCCCUCGUCCGGCUCCAGCAAGAGCUCGGAGGCCUGCGCCUGGCCCGCUCUGCAGGACGAGGACAGCAAUCCGUCCAACGGCAGCGUGCUGAGCUUCGUCAACAUUGACUCUUAUGAGCCGGACAGCAGCGAAGCGGAGGAGGACGGCCUCAGCUCUGACCCCUCGCUGGGCCUGCAGAAAAGACUGGACGAUAUGAUCUGUGAACUGGGAAAGGAGUUUGACUACCUCAGCGGUUUGCAGUCCUACUUGUACACAAAAUCGUGCGAGGAGCCCAAGCCCUCCCAGAAGGACGCCGGCGAGCUCAGGCAAGACGGGUCGGCCUUUCACAGGAGUCUCUCUGAGGGCGAGGAGGGCGCCAGCUCGUCCAGCGACCCCGGCGACGGGCCGGGCGAGCCGGACCAAUCGGUGGCCGGCGUUUCCCCGGACGGACUGAAAGGCCCCGACUGCGGGAGCGAUCGAGCCGAGGCGGAGAUGGUGGUACGGCCCAAAAUUCGGAAGCAGACGAGCGAAGGCCACCUAGAAAAGAGAAAGUGCUCCCAGCCCGAAGCUCGCCACCCGUUCGCCAGGCAGCAGGGCGGCAACAAGUGCGGUUCCGCCCCGCCGUUCUUUUUGACGCAAACGGAAAGGCCCAGAAACGAGUUCCUCUUCGAUUUCCCGCUGAUGGAGUUCAAAGCGAGCGAGUCCCUCAAGGGCGAGAGGGAAGAUUCGGAGACGUGCUGCAGAAGGAAACCAGACGCUGAAGACAAAUUGUGGGAAAACAUGGAGGACUUUGAUGAGAAAUGUGCGUCACUUAUGAAGGGGGACAACAGCUCCGAGUGCAGCGAGGGGGAGUGGUCGGCCUCCUGGACCUCGGACUCGGGCGUGGAGAAGGAGCCGUGCUCCAGCGAGGGGAGCUGGGAGACGCUGCCGGGGCCCGAGGAGCCGGAGCUGCGCAGCAGCAGCAGCAGCCUGGAGGACGUCCCCGAGCUGGGCUUCGUCCCCGAGGACCAGGCACCGCUGGAAGAAGGCGAGAUCCCCUGGCUUUCGUACCAGGAGGAGACGGACAGCAGCAGCGAUGAGGACCCGGAGGGAGCCGGCAGCCAUUUUGUGCACCCGGGUCUCUUCAUGCUCGAUGGAAACAACAACUUUGAGGACGACUCCAGUGUGAGCGAGGACUUCGAUGCUGACUGGAGGUUGCUCGACGACUUCGGGGACAGCUUCGGCAUGGCGCAGGCCAUAUCCUACGUGGACCCACAGCUGCUCGCUUACAUGGCACUCGAAGAACGGCUGGCCCAAGCAAUGGAGGCUGCACUGGCUCACCUGGAGUCUCUGGCCAUCGACGUGGAGCAGGCCCAUCCUCCGGCCACUGAGGACGUCAUCGACAGCCUGCCUCAGAUCACGGUGCUGGAGGACCACAGCGGCCAGGACCAGUGCUGCGCGAUCUGCUGCUGCGAAUACGCGAAGGACGAGGUCACGACCGAGCUGCCCUGCCAUCACAUCUUCCACAAGAUCUGCGUCACGCUCUGGCUGCGCAAGUCUGGGACUUGCCCCGUGUGCCGGCAUGUCCUGUCCCCCGCCCUCCCCGACGCCCCCGUCCCCACCUCCUUUGUCUCGGAUCACGACACCCCCCCGUCUAACCACAGCGCUGCAGGAACUCGAUGAGAUCGCCCGCCGCUCGGGAGAGGAACCACCUGGAACCACCUUUGUUUUCGAGUGGAAACACUUUUUUCCCAGUGCCCAUUCACUGCUGUGUAGCUCAUUACCAAUGGUGCAGGAUGAGUUGCGAAUUAUUGAUUUAGUUCUUCACGUGUAAUAUUUGGAGGUAAAUGUCCAGAGUGACAGUUGGAACUUAUUUUCUGAGAAAAUAUUGUCAUAUGCUGUCUUACAAGGAGUGUUUUGUUAUGUUUAUGUUUUAAUGAAGGACAUUAACACUGGGAAACACUAUUUAGAAAUCUCACCAAGCUUAUAUAAAUAUGUUGUCCAAAUGUGGGGAAAAAUGCAAAUGGAAUAUUGUUUCUGGCAUGCAUCAUACAUGAAUUUAGCUCACUUAUAGGCCAGCAUAGAUUUUGGAACACAUUGGAAUCUUGUCUCAGAUACUGAUCACCUUGUUCUUUUUUUAGCUUGCAAAACUGUCUAAUCAGAGGUGUGCUAUGCUUAUAAUAUCCUUCCAUUAUACUAAUUCAGUAGAAAAUUUGGUUCCUGUGCUCAAUAAAGGCUCUAGCUUCCCCUG